UGGUCGCCGCGGCUCCCUUUCAGUUGAGUCGCGUCCGUCGGAGUGCGAGCUUCGUCUUGUCACGGCCUGCUGAGACCCCGCGGAUUCCCGCCGUUCGAACCCGCGCCUCCGUGUCACUCCGUGCGAAACGCAGCCGGAAGCGAGGAGACAAUGGCCUGCAACCGAGCCACCAAGUCCGGAUUCGCCGCCGAGGCGCAGAGAAAGAUCAACAGCAAGUACAGCGAGGAGCUGGCGCAGGAAUGCCUGGAGUGGAUCAAAACGAUCACCGGCGAGAACAUAAACACCAACGGCGACAUGGACAACUUUUACGAGACCCUGAAGGACGGCACUCUGCUGUGCAGGCUGGUGAACGACAUCAAGGAGGGCUCGGUGAAGAAGAUCAACAAGACGUCGCUGGCGUUCAAAUGUAUGGAGAAUAUAAACGCCUUCCUGGAGGCCGCGAAGGCACUAGGCGUUCCGGCGCAGGAAACCUUCCAGACGGUGGACCUCUGGGAGAGGCAGAAUCUGAAUUCCGUUGUUAUUUGCCUGCAAUCUCUCGGAAGAAAGGCGGGUAAUUUCGGCAAACCGAGCAUCGGCCCCAAAGAAGCGGAUAAGAACGUGCGCAACUUCACGGAGGAGCAAUUGAGGGCCGGCCAAGGUGUGAUAAGUCUACAAUAUGGCAGUAAUAAGGGCGCUAAUCAGAGCGGCAUCAACUUCGGGAACACCAGACACAUGUGAACAUCCAUCCCCGCGCGCUCUCUCUUUCUCUCUCGCCGUGGCAAACCGUUCUCACCUGUCUCCCCUGUUCCCGUGUCCACGCAAUUACUCCUUUAGAGAUAUAUGUAUAGCGUAUCGCGCAUAAUAAAUGUUCAUCGAGGUCCAAGAUAUAACGAACGAUGCGUGUGGGGCAUCGCUCGACGCGACAACAAAGGGACGAAAGAAACGACAUACAGGCAUAAGACUUCCCCCGAAAUCGAGGUGACAUAAGAGAUAAGUUGAAGAGGAGGUAAAGAAAACGGCUUGAUUAAAACUAUAUCUAGGUUGUGUAACUAGUACGGACUAUUUAAUUUAACUUUUCUCGCUCCCGGUAUCUUCCCGUCAAUUUUAUUUCUAGCGAUGAUUCGGUACAGACGUUGAUCAUACUUAUCGUCGAAGUGUGAUAAAGCGAAACCGCGUACCUCGCGAAAGGGAGCUACGUAGGUUUUAUACACCGCUUCCUGGUUUACACACUCGAGGGGGCUAUCUUUUUACGUAUAUAUAUAUAUGAUGUAUGUAAGCGCUGUAGUACAAUGUUCGGACUGUUGUAUCGCACGAUUUACAACGCGACCACGUAGUUCUCAGGACGGGAAACAUUCUUCUUACGUUACAAAAGAACAAAGACAACGUGUGUACAUGAUGAGCGCUAGCUUGGAUAACCGCUGUUAUAUUUGUUAAACGUUACAUAUAUUAUGUAUAUAUGUGCAUGUAUAUAUACAUACAUACAUAUACGCAUAUACGCACAUAUGUGCAUGC